AGCAAUCCUUAUUACACUGCGCGGAGGUACAGAGCCAAAAGGCACACAAUUGCCCGCUCGCUCGGUGUCCACUGGACCAGUUACAGUCAUUGGUGUUCAGCUACCAUCGUCAAUUAUUUAAUUUUUUUAAACAUUAUUCCCUAGAUUUCAUGGCCCAUCUGGCUGAUUUCACGUCGUGAAAUUAUUGCUGUCAGCUGCACUUGUUUUGGUGAUGUCAUCCACACCGCCAAAGCCCGUACCGACCUUCAAUUCGAUCAAGGCUUGAAUAUACAUUGUAUUUAUUUAUAUAUUUUAAAACUCUUUUAGUUUUUUUUUUGGUUUUGUUUUUUUAAAGAUUGAGCUAUGGUAGCAACGAGGAUGGGACUUUCGCUGCGCUGCUCCUUGCUGUUUUCCCUCUUAACUCUGACAGCCGGCGUACAUUAUCUCCCGGACCUCGACAAAGCGGCCGGACGGGCGCUUUUUGCUCGAGAUUCGAACCGAGCCAAGAGUUCCGCGGUGGCCCCUCGGCCGCAUGGCGUGAAGAAGAGGAGCGACCCGCCGGACGCCUCCUGCGACGCUCUUAAAGGAAAAGAGGCCAAGUUGGACAAUAACACGCACUGUCAUACUUUCAAUGACUUGAGUGGAUCAGUGUCACUGGCCUGGGUUGGAGAUGGUACAGGGGUCAUCCUAGCUUUGACCACGUUUCAGGUUCCCUUCUUCAUGAUCAAACUUGGACAGUCUAAACUCUAUCGAAGCGAGAACUAUGGCAAGUCCUUCCUGGAUGUCACUGACCUCAUCAACAACACCUUCAUCCGAUCGUCGUUUGGCAUUGCUAUCGGCCCUGAAAAUUCUGGCAAAGUGAUCUUGACAGGUGAGGUGUCCGGUGGUCACCGCUCUCGGAUCUUUGUCUCGAGCGACUUUGGAAAGAGUUUCACCCGCCAGGAGCUGCCCUUCAACCCACUCUCAGUCAUCACAUACAAUCCCGAGAAUUCCAAUGUGCUGCUGGGCCUCAGCAACAAAAAAGAGCUGUGGCUGACGAAGGAUUUUGGCCGCAAUUGGAAAAAGGUCCAUGACAUGGUGUGUAUGGUGAAAUGGGGGAUGAAGAAUUCCAUCUUUUUUUCAACCAAUCCCAAUGGAUCCUGUAGUGAACGCGGCGUGCUGGAGAUCAGGAGGACCAUGGAUUUCGGGCAAACAAUCAAGACCGUCGCUACCAAGAUAUACUCCUUUGGUAUCGGCGGUCGCUUCCUGUAUGCUUCUGUGAUGACUGGCAAGGGCACUCUGAGGAUGAUCCAUGUGUCGGUGGACCAGGGCGACACUUGGAACAUGGCCCAGUUGCCUGCCAUCGGUCACAAGCAGUUCUACUCUAUCUUGGCAGCAAGCAAUGAAAUGGUCUUCAUGCACGUCGACGAGCCGGGAGAUUCUGGCGUUGGCACAAUUUAUGUAUCGGAUGACCGGGGCACCAUCUUCUCCAAGUCACUGGAGCGCCACCUUUACACCACCACAGGAGGCGAGACUGACUUCACCAACAUCACUUCCCUGCGAGGAGUUUUCAUCACUAGCGUCCUCGAAGAAAGCUCUAUAAUGUCUGUGGUGACUCGUGACAUGGGAGGGGAGUGGUCUAGCUUGCAGAAGCCUGCCAACAGUGAGUGUGACUCGACAGCCAAGGACCCGGAACAGUGCAGUCUCCACAUCCAUGCGUCAUACAGUACUGCAAUGAGGCUCAACGUCCCCAUGCUGCCCCUAAGUGAACCAAACGCUGUGGGCAUAAUAUUAGCUCAUGGGAGUGUCGGCGACAGCAUCUCUGUGAUGACCCCUGACGUGUACGUGUCCGACGAUGGAGGGUACACGUGGACAAAGGCUCUGGACGGGCCACAUCAUUACGCCAUUCUGGACUCUGGCGGGCUGCUGGUGGCUGUGGAGCACAGCCCCAAUGAACCGAUCGACAAGAUCAAGUUCUCGACUGACGAAGGGCAGUGCUGGCACAUGUACAAGUUCACUGAGGAGCCCAUCUUCUUCACGGGCCUGGCUUCAGAACCGGGCGCCCGCUCCAUGAAUGUCAGCAUCUGGGGCUACGAAAACAACAUCCUCAGCCAGCACUGGAUAUCCACCACCAUUGACUUCCGGGAUCUCCUCACCAGAAACUGCACGGAUGACGAUUAUGUGAAUUGGUUGGCACACUCUGAUGACAUCGGCAACCCCAACGACGGCUGCAUCCUGGGCUACAAGGAAACGUUCCAGCGUCUCCGCAAGGAUUCCGUUUGCUGGAACGGACGAGAUUACUUGGUCAGCACGCAGCCUACGCCUUGCCCGUGCACUUUGGACGACUUCCUUUGUGACUUCGGAUAUUACCGCAAAGAGAAUAGCUCAGAGUGUGAGGAGGAGCCAGACCUGAAAGGCAAAGUACUGGAGUUCUGUCUGCACGGCCGAGAGGAACAACUGCGGACCCACGGCUACAGGAAAAUCCCAGGUGAUAAAUGUCAGGGAGGUAUGAUUCCUGAACGCAAAGAGAUUGACCUGAGUGAGAGGUGCGUAAGUGAUCUGCUGGGCCCGGAGAUUCAGAUAGAAGGCCACUCCUCAAAAUCUGUAGCCAUUGUGAUAACAAUAGGCAUCAUGCUCCUGAGCAUCGCAGCCGGAGUUGUCUUCAUCAAGAAAUACGUCUGCGGUGGCAGGUUCUUGGUCCACAGAUACUCUGUGCUGCAGCAACACGCCAACGACAACGGGGUGGAGGGCGUGGACGACCCACUGGACGAUCCGCUGGACAGUAACCACGGCGCCAAUGGGAAGAUUGACUUUCACGAUGACUCUGACGAGGACCUGUUGCAGUAGCAAGCGGAAGGAAGCCUAUCAAUGCCUGGGACACUCCUUCCAUCACACUACUUCCUUAUUUGGAUACUACUUUGAUCUGGUGUCACUCUGCUGUCCUCUUCCCAAGUCCGAUUGUACACGCUCACAAGUGAAGAGAAAUUGGUUUGGAAGCAAAUGUGUAAGAUUCACACUUGAAAUAAUAAGCACAACUCCAUGCUUCAAUUUGAUGAUAAUGAAAUGUACUUACUUCAUGCAUGUAAAACACCUCCACGAUGUAAUAUAGCUCCAGCUGCUGUCCUUGAUAAAUGAACGCAAAACUCUCUCAAGACAAUUCAUGUCAACCUAGUUGUGUUUCCAAGUUGGACUACAAACCCUAAAAUUCUCCCAUUGACAUGACUUAACCAAAUGUAUUUUCCAUAGCGCUCGUCUUCAUUAGGGUUGUGUUGGGCCUUCUUUACACUGUGCGAUGCGGUCGAACCUGAUAGAACCGGACCAUCGCAUAAAAAUAAGAGCUGCCCAAUGAGCGAUUGGAUAUAUGGAUGCCCUGAACAGCGAGCCUGUAUAAGCGUUUGAUGCUAAAAAAUACACAGUAUAUCAUACUUCAUCACAUUUAUUAAACCAUAUAGAUUAAUAUUUAAGAAAGCAGCAGGUUGGUAAAAAGAGUGGACGUGGGUGAGACUAAAACUGAGGGUGUAAAUAUUUUAAGUCUCGCUGGCUCCCCUUAGUUUGAACGAACCCAGCAAAGUACAGUGCCCCAGGAAGUUUUCACACCCCUUCACGUUUUCCACAUUUUGCUGUUACUUAUUCUAAAGCUGAUUUGAGUAUAGUUUUCUUUUUAAAAAAUUACAUAAAAUAUCCCAUAAUGACAAAGUCAAAACAUAUUUUUAGACAUUUAUGUAAAUAUAAACAUUCAAACAUAACAGGUACAUAAGUAUUCACACCCUUUGCUAUGACACUCAAAGUUAAGCUCAGUUGCAUCUGAUUUCCACAGAUCAUCCUUCAGAUGCUUUUACAACUUGAAUGGAGUCCCCCUGCGGUUAAUUCAGUUGAUUCAGUUCAGUUGAUUGAACAUCAUUUGAAAUGGCACAGACCUGUCUAUAUAAGGUCUCAUAAUUGGCAGUGCAUAUCAGAGCAGAAACCAAGCAAUAUAGCCUAAGGAAUUGUCUGCAGACCAGUGUGUCAAGGCACAAAUCUGGGGAAGAAUACAAAAGAAUUUCAGCAGCAUUGAAGGUCCCGAAUAGCACUGUGAUCUCGAUUAUUCAGAAAUGGAAGAAGUUUGGAACUACCAGGACCCUCCCUAGAUCUGGCCAGCCGACAAAGGUGAGUAACCGGGGAAGAAGGGCCUUGGUCAGAGAGGUGAACAAGAAACCUAUGGUCACUAAGGCGGAGCGCCGGUGUUCUCUUGGAACCAUGCAGAAGGUCAACCAUUGCUAACGCACUCCACUAGUCGGGCCUUUAUGGUAGAGUGGCCAGAAGGAAGCCACUCGUCACUAAAAGGCACCUUAAGGAUUCUCAGACCAGCAGAAACAAAAUUCUCUGGUCUGAUGAAACCAAAAGUAGAACUUUUUGUCCUGAAUUGCAAGCAUCAUAUCUGGAAAAUAGGAGGCACUGCACAUCACCUGGCUAACACCAUCCCUACUGUGAAGCAUUGUAGUAGCAUCAUCAUCAUGCUGUGGGGCUGUUUUUCUGCUGCAGGAACUGGGCGACUAGUCCGCAUAGAGGGUAAAAUGACAGCUGCCAAAUAUAGAGAAAUUCUCAGAGAACUUGCUCCAGAGUGCUCUGGAACUCUGACUAGUGCGUUGAUUCACCUUCCAACACGACAAUGACCCAAAGCACGCAGCCAACAUCAUAAAGGAGAAGUUUCAGGAGCAGCCUGUGAAUAUCCUUGAGUGGCCCAGCCAGAGCGGACCUGAAUCCAAAUCGAACAUCUCUGGAAAGACCUAAAAAUGGGUGUCCACCGAUGCUGCCCAUCCAACCUGACUGACCUUGCGAAGAUCUGCAGAGAAGAAUGGGAGCAAAUGCCCCAAAAUAGGUGUGCAAAGCUCGUAGAGACAUACCCAAGAAGAUUUGAGGCUGUGAUUCCUGCCAACGGUGCUUCAGCAAAAUAUUAAGCCAAGGGUGUGAAUACUUGUGUACCUAUUAUGUUUGAAUGUUUAAUUUUUUUUUAAUACAUUUGCACAACUGUCUGAAAAUGUUUUGCUUGGUCAUUGUGGGAUAUUUUAUGUUAAUGUUUUUAAAAGAAAACUACGCUCAAAUCAGCUUUAGAAUAAGUCUGUAACAGCAAAAUGUGGAAAAAGUGAAGGGGCGUGAAUACUUUCUGGUGGCAUUGUACAUACCGGUGGCAUUGUACAUUAAUCCUCACGCACAUUAGAAAUUAAAAAUGUAGUUAAGUAUUGUUGUAAAACACAAUAUUUGAUAUUUUGUAUACUGUAAUUAUGUGGUUUAGGGGCAGUACGGCGGUCAUUCUGUCUCGCUUGGUUAAAACACGGAAAGGUAUUUUUAGCCUCUGUGAAAGCUUAUGUAUCUUUGAAUUAGUUGUAAUCUGCGACAGUGUGCGGCGGAGAUUCAAAUUUUGAAUCGCAGCAAAACAAUUGGCAGAAUGAUCAGCCAUUCAUGAAGACAGCUGCCAAACCACGCACACUGGGCGACAGUUCAGUCGGGCUCAACCGCGUCGCUCGGUGUGCUACAGCAAUUAGGGUGACUUGUUGUCUGUUACAGCUGACUUUGGCCAAGAGGCAGGGUACAACUUGGACUGGUAACCUGUCAAUCACAGGGCAAAUAUAGACAAUGAACUGUUUAACCUUUGUGGUCCAGGAACCUUAGGUGUCCAGAAUCCUUUUGAGUUCCAAGAACCUUUGUGGUCCAGGAGUCUUACCUUAGAUCGCCAAGAACCGUUGGGGGUCCAGGAGACUUUGAGAUCCAGGAACCUUACCCUUAGAUGUCCAUGAAAUCUUCAAGGUCCCAAACCUUUUGAGUCUAGGAACCUUGUACAGCCAAAAGCCUUUGGACUCCAGGACCCUUCAAGGUCCAGUAACCUUGUACAUUCAGGAGCCUUUGGGGUCCAGGAGCCUUUGGAGGCUAGGAACCUUACCUUAGAUGUCCAGAACUCUUUGCUGUGCAGUAACCUUAGACAUCCAGGAAACUCAGACAUCCAGCAGCCUUUGGGGUUCAGGAACCUUAGGAACUGUUUUAGAUCAAGGACGCUAGGAUCCCUUUUAAGUCCAGAAGCCAGGAGCCUUUGAUGCCCAUGACCUUUUCAGCUUCUGGAAUCUUAAGACGUCAACCAAUGGACAACUUUUGGGGCGUUCCAACUUGAAGGCAGCGCUGUACUUUUCAGUUUUAGCAGUACAAAGCUAAAAGUUUAGUCAUAAUCACAGGCCUGUUUGUUGUGAUUUCAACAGCUUUGUACUCAAAACUUUAGGAAAAAUUGCUAUGCAGCUCAUUAGGGGACAUGACACCACUUGGUACAUCAACCAUGAAUUUAGUGUAAUUUGUCAUGAGAAAACACAGGUGUACUGUAAUUGAAUGAUGGAAAUCAAGACAAGAAAGGUUGACACACAAAUGUGUAAAUAAUAAGUUUGUUUUCCUUUUAACUUUGAUGUACAUUUAUACUAUUAAUUCAAAUCUUGGUACUACUAACACAAUUGGCUCGACUGUGAAGUAUUUUCUUUUCACAAUAUUAAAAUAGCCUCCAGGUGUCUUAACAAAAGCUCUGAUAGACUAACAAAAAGGAUCAAUAAGCGUGGGAUUAUGUAAAUUAGUCUCACUGUGACAUCACAAUCCGACAAAUUUCAGAAGGGCUUACUCGCAGACACAUUUGGAAAUAGCUAACAAAAAAUGUACUUUUGUUGUUUAAUUUGACACCUGAUGGCACUCCACACACCAAACUUUUGUAUAUACAUUACAACAUAUUACAUUGGUAAAUUUUACGUAACAUCCCCUUGAAAUGGUUUUUAAUUCCCUUUUCUUGAGACAUUUGCACUACUUUCAUACCUUUUUUUUAUUUGUUCUUGGCACGUUCAGAGUGCAGUAAACGUGGUGUGGGUCUUAUUUGACAAAUGGCUAGCCUAAUAGCAUAAGUGCCUAAAUCCAGAUGCCUCGAUUCAACCUUUGUGGAUUACCAUAUAGAGGACUUUUUAUUUUUUUCAGAAAGCACGCCAAGUUAAAAAUGACUUCGGCAAUUAUGCUAUUAGGCUAAAGAAAUAGGUGAUAUCACAUUUUUCUUACCAUCUAAAAAAAGUCCAAUUUAAUAGUUGUAAAAAUGCAAUAUUUAUAUCUGCUGUUUGUAUCAUUUCAGGCAAUUUUAUCUUUGGGUUUGGCAAUAAAUUUCUAUUGUUCCUCUA